AUGAGGCAAGGGGACCCUAUCUCUCCUUUUUUGUUUGUUGCGGUUAUGGAAGCGUUGUAUUGCUUAAUCGUCAAAGCUGGUGAGGUGGGCGUGUUUUCUGGUAUUCAACUUCCAUACGAUGGUUCGAGGUUAUCCCAUUUAUUUUUUGCUGACGAUGUCCUUAUUAUUGGAGAUUGGGAUGAGAAUAACGCCUUGAACAUCGUUAGAAUUUUGAGGUGCUUCCAUGCCUGUUCUAGUUUGAAAAUAAACCUUGGUAAGUCUAACUUAUAUGGUAUUGGGGUUGAUUAUGCGGAAGUGGGGGUUGUGGCGAAUGUGGUUGGCUGUAUUCCUGAUUCUCUCCCUUUUAAGUACCUUGGGCUUAAAAUGGGGGCAAAUAUGAAUCGCAUCAAUAAUUGGAGACCAGUCUUUGACAUUUUCGAGUCCAGGCUUGCUCUUUGGAAAUCUGCGGUUCUAUCCUUCGGUGGGAGAGUUACUCUUAUAUGUUCAGUCCUCGAGAGCCUGCCGACUUAUUACUUUUCCAUAUAUAAGGCACCUGUGAAGGUUGUUAGUAACCUGGAAAGUUUCUCUGGGGCGGUUCGAGCGAGGCUAGAAAACCCACUGGGUGGCUUGGGAUAA